AUGGCUAUUGAUCCGUCUGCCACAUCGGUGAGACCCACAGGGCUUGGCCAAACUCUUCUUGGCCUUACCGUCUUCUUUCUUAUUCCCACAUCAACUGUUGUCAUUUUGAGGUGCUUCACUCGGGUUAAAUAUCGUCUUUUCGGUAUUGAUGAUGGCCUGAUGCUUGUGGGUUGGAUGUUGCAUGUUACUUUUAGUUCCAUGGCCAUAAAGACUAUCUACACUGGUCUAGGGACAAAGGAUGAAAAUUUGAACGACUACCUACAAGGUAUCACACGAAAAUGGUUAUGGAUCGGACAGGUCGUCUACAGCUUUUCAUUAAUUCCCUUAAAAUCCUCCAUCUGUUUUACUCUUCUCCGAAUCGCCGUAACCAGAUCCCAUCGUAUCAUCGCCUGGGGGACUCUUCUUUUCACCGUGAUAUCGACCGGAGCAGCUACGCUUACGUUAUUCAUCGUCUGCAGUCCCUUAUCUACCGGCAUGUCUGAGGCAGAUAUAGCUUCAUGCCCUUCCAAGACAAUUCUUGUCGGCUAUGUUGUAUCUGCCAGUGCAGUUAUCGUCGAUUGGAUUUGUGCACUGCUGCCAAUUUUUAUGCUGUACAAGUCCAACAUGAAGAAGGCGACGAAAGUUUCGGUUAGCAUCAUCCUUGGACUGGCUGCCUUGGCUUCACUUUGCACUAUAAUUCGAUUUCCUUAUGUGAGAUACUACACUGUACCAACGAAUUAUCUUUAUAAUGUCACAAAUAUUGUCAUAUGGUCAAUUGUCGAGUCGGGCAUCGGAAUUGUGGCCGGUUCACUACCAUCGCUUCGCAAGCUCGUCAGCAACCACUUCCAUUUCGACAGCUCGAAGGGCAGCGCUCCAUCUCAUCGCACACCUUUUGCGGGUGAAAGCAGAGCUGUCAUUACUACGAAUUCCGCGCCAGCUAUACGACGAAGUCACGCCCAUAGGAGCCAGGCAGAAAGAGAGUGGGAGCAACUUGACGAUGGCUCGUCCAGUAAGAAUAUCUAUGUGCAGGUUCAUCUAGAGAUGCAGACGAUGGAGAGGCCGACGACACCUCAAUCCCACGAGUCUCGCGAUGACCUUGUAUACCGUAAGACCUAA